AUGAUCCCCGAAGGUCUUGAUAGAAGACCUAUAAGAGAACUCGUUGGCGAGCUUGUGAAAAACAAUUUCAAUUGUGUGAGAUUAACCUACGCGAUUUACAUGUGGACGAGACACGGUAAUCGCAUUGUUAAUGAUACUUUGAAUGAUCUAGAUCUACCUGAGGUUGUCAACGGUAUUUCUAAGUUUAAUCCUUCGGUUUUGAAAAUGACUCAUAUUGAAGCUUUUGAUGCUGUUGUGGAUGAGAUUGGUUCACAGAAUGUUAAGGUUUUGUUUGAUAAUCAUGUUAGUGAACCUAAAUGGUGUUGUGAUGAUGAUGAUGAGAACGGUUUCUUUCAUGAUAGACAUUUCGAUCCUCGAGAGUGGAUUCAUGGACUUACUUUGGCAGCCAAACACUUUCAUGAAAAUCAUGCUGUUGUGGCGAUGAGUUUGAGGAAUGAAUUACACGGUCCGCGCCAAAAUCAAAGAGAUUGGUACAAGUAUAUGAGUAAAGGAGCACUAGCAAUCCAUGAAACAAACCCUAAUGUGCUUGUUGUUAUCUCAGGUUUAAACUAUGAUACUGAGUUACAGUUUUUAAAGAAAAAACCAAUGAACAUAGACUUAGGUAAAAAAAUGGUGUAUGAGACACAUUUGUAUUCAUGGUCUGGGAUUGGAACAUUGAAAUUGAAAGAGAUUUGGACAAAGCAACCAUUGAAUAGAAUAUGUGGAAAUAGUAUUGAAGGGUUGGAUGAAAGAGCUGGGUUUCUUACAACCGGUGAGAAUGCAGUUCCUUUGAUCUUUAGUGAAUUUGGAUUUGAUCAAAGUGGUUCUACGAUUGAAGAUAAUAGGUUCUUGACAUGUCUUCAAACGUACCUUGUUGGAAGAGAUUUGGAUUGGGGUUUGUGGGCUUUUCAUGGUGGAUAUUAUCUUAGAGAAGAUAAAGUUCAUCUUGAUGAAUCAUUUGGUGUUGUAGAUGCUACUUGGCAUAGCCUUAGAUACACUAACUUCACCCACAAGUUUCAACUUUUGCAAAGAAAGAAUCAAGAUCCUACAUCGAAACACAAUUUCAUAUUAUUGUAUAUUUUGAGAAUUUGA